AUGCCUGACGACGAAGUGCUCCCGGACGCACCCCCCGCCGUCCAGGAGGAACAGCCUCCCAAACACGAUGCGCAGGAUGAGCAUUCAGAAGGCAGCGCUGCACCCCAGGAAACGAGCACCGCGAAACUAGAGGAUUUGUUUGACGAUGACGAUGACGACGACUAUCCAUUUUCCAGUGCCUCAGAGCCGGGAGCGCAAGGCUCUGAAGCUGAACCUGCAGAGCAGCCGGGACCCCCUCCAGCGAAAAUCGACUCAGAGACCAUGUAUGCAUUCUAUCAGCUGGUUAAACCAUGGGGUCAAACCGUCCGUCGACUUUGGGAAUCGAGAAUUCGCGUUUACACUUCAAAACGACGCAUAUCUACGCUACCAAUCAUUUCCAACAGCAGAAGGGCAAGUGUUGCAAAAACCCGUCUUUCAACCACUUCGGCUCUGUUUGGAGAACUAAUUGGGCUGCGGGAUAGACUGCGCAAUGAUAUUCUCCGCCUCAAUCCCUCCCGCUUUGAAAUCGGCCCAGUAUACAGCACAAACCCACGAGACCGCAAAACUCUCCGAAAAUCGAGCGCUUUCAGACCCGUCUCCAAGGAGCUAGUGUUUGAUAUCGAUUUAACAGACUAUGAUGAUAUUCGAACGUGUUGUGAAAAAGCAAAUAUCUGCUCGAAAUGUUGGGCGUUUGUGACCAUGGCGGUCAAGGUGAUCGACUGUGCCUUGCGAGAUGAUUUUGGCUUUGAACACAUCCUCUGGGUCUAUUCUGGCCGUCGAGGUGCCCACGCAUGGGUAUGCGACCAGCGCGCCCGGAAUCUCGCCGAUGACCGAAGGAGAGCGAUCGCUGGGUACCUCGAAGUAGUGCGCGGGGGCGCGCAGAGCGGAAAACGCGUGAAUGUAAAACGGCCUCUCCAUCCACAUAUCACUCGCAGCCUGGAAGUCCUCCGUCCGUAUUUCGGCUCCACAGUCCUCAAUGACCAGGACACGUUUUCCUCCUGGGACCAAGCUUCCCGCCUCCUCCAACUCAUCCCCGACAAAUCCCUCAAGGACUCCCUCCAAAAGAAAUGGGAAUCAGCCCCUUCACGCGCCAGCUCGUUAAAGUGGUCCGACAUCGACAAGGUGGCCAAAACCUCCGGCGGCCGGAGCCUGGACACCAAAGCGCUCCUCGAAGCAAAGCAAGACAUCGUGUUGGAGUACACAUACCCCCGACUCGACGCGGAAGUGAGUAAGAAGAUGAUACACUUGCUCAAAUCGCCUUUUGUCGUGCAUCCGGGCACGGGACGCGUGUGUGUUCCCAUCGAUAUACGCAAAGUCGAGCAAUUCAAUCCGCUCGAGGUACCCACGGUUACGGAGCUGCUAGAUGAAAUCAACGCAUGGGACUUGAAACAUAAAGGGGACCAUGGUCCCGGCUCAGAUCGGGAUACAAAGAGGAAUACUCUCCAGGAUUACGAGAAAACCAGCCUGAAGCCGUAUAUUGACCAUUUUAGGGCGUUUGUUGCAAACUUGAAUCGAGAUGAGCGGGCGGGUAAAAGGGAGAGAGAUGAAGAUGGUCAUCAUGAUGAAAUGGAGUUUUGA